GAAAAUGAGUGAUAUAGAUGAUGACAGUGAAGUUUCCUUCUCAGUUAAAUUUUUGGGUCGUGUCCGGGUGGUCCAUCCAGGUGGGAUGCAAAUACUGACAAAUGCAGUGCAGAAUCCUAAUAAAGAGGUGGAUGAGAAAAUGAAGAAAAAUAAAAAUAAAGUUCAUCUGUUUCUGAGCAGGAGUGCCAUUGACAUACUGGAACAUAAGACAAAGUUCAUGAUGUACACGUGCCCCCUGGCAUCCAUCUCAUUCUGUGCAGUUCAUCCGACCCAGCCCAAAAUCCUUGGCUUUGUGGCCAAACACCCUGCGUCGGACGUCUUCCACUGCUACAUCUUCCAGAGCAAGAAGUUUUCUCAUCUGCUGGUAUCCGUUAUUGGUGAUGCUUUCCAGGCCUGUAAACAGAAUGAAAGUCUAGGAAGUGAUCGUGAUCUUGUGGUGGAGGCUCUGAGGCACAAGAAUAAGAUACUGCAGCGUGAGAACGCUGAGCUCAAGAGAAGACUUGGAGGAGAGAAUGCCGAUGGAGUACAGAACAUUUAUGAAAAGGAUUUAGACACUGAUAAAAUCUCGUCUAUUUCAGGGCAGUCCACAUCACAGGUGAGAUUCUUCUCAGAGGAUGAAAAACUUCCUUUAAAAAGAAAUUUCUGAGUAGAAACAAAUAAACUUUGUUGGAGAAACUACAUCUGAAAUCCCACAAAUAUGAUUAUUAUAAGAGACAUCAAAUGAUAUAAAAAAUAACAGUUUGUGUGGUUAUGUUUUAUUGGGUCUGGGGUGGUGACAUCACGCUUGGGGCGGAGUUACAUUAGAUUGAUCAGUUUCUGUUAGUCACUAUAUGAGCUUUUAAAGGGAUAGUU